AUGACUUCACUUUCAUGCUUCCUCAUUCUUUUUGCUCUUUCUUUUCUAACUUCAAAUUUUGUUUCUUCCUCUGCAGUUCAAGAUCCUGAACUAGUUGUUCAAGAUGUGCAAAGAAGCAUCAAUGCCUCUAGGAGAAACUUGGGCUACUUAUCAUGUGGAACAGGCAACCCAAUUGAUGAUUGUUGGAGAUGUGACCCAAAUUGGCAAGACAACAGACAAAGACUAGCAGAUUGUGCCAUAGGAUUCGGCAAAGACGCAAUCGGUGGAAAAAACGGUAAAAUCUACCUCGUCACAGAUUCAGGUGACGAUGAUCCAACAAACCCUAAACCAGGAACCCUAAGACACGCCACAAUCCAAGACGAACCCUUAUGGAUAAUUUUCCAAAGAGACAUGGUAAUCACGCUGAAACAAGAACUCUUAGUAAACUCAUACAAAACAAUCGAUGGACGCGGCGCAAAUGUUCACAUAGCAAAUGGUGGAUGUGUGACAAUACAUUAUGUUAACAAUGUUAUCAUACAUGGUAUCAAUGUUCAUGAUUGUAAACCAUUAGGGAACACUAACAUAAGGGAUUCACCAGAACAUAGUGGCUUUUGGGGAAUUUCUGAUGGUGAUGGAAUUUCUGUGUUUAAUUCAAAACAUGUUUGGAUUGAUCAUUGUUCUUUGUCUAAUUGUCGUGAUGGACUUAUUGAUGUUAUUCAUGGAUCAACAGCUAUUACUAUUUCGAAUAAUUAUAUGACUCAUCAUGAUAAGGUUAUGCUUUUGGGACAUAGUGAUUCUUAUACACAAGAUAAGGAUAUGCAAGUUACUAUUGCUUUUAAUCAUUUUGGUGAAGGACUUGUCCAAAGAAUGCCAAGGUGUAGACAUGGUUAUUUCCAUGUAGUAAACAAUGAUUACACACAUUGGGAAAUGUAUGCAAUUGGAGGAAGUGCAAACCCUACAAUCAACAGCCAAGGAAACAGAUUUCUUGCACCAAACAACAGAUUUAGCAAAGAAGUAACAAAACAUGAAGAUGCUUCAGAAAGUGAAUACAAUACUUGGAAUUGGAGAUCAGAAGGUGAUUUGUUCUUAAAUGGAGCAUUCUUCACACAAACUGGUGCUGCUGCUUCUUCUUCUAUCUAUGCUAGGGCUUCAAGUCUUAGUGCAAGACCGGCUUCUCUUAUUGGCUCGAUUACUUCAACUUCUGGUGUGCUUAAUUGUAAGAAGGGGGCGCGUUGCUGA